AUGGAAAAUACGGAAGAUCAAGCUCCUGUUGUCGUACGUCCUAUGAUUGUGUGUAAACUCAAGGACCAAUCUCCCAACACUGUAACUGUUUCUGAGGAAAUAUCACCAAUGGCUACUAAAAACGAGAAGAGCGGCAAGUCUGCGGAAGAGCCCGCUCAACAGCCGAAUCCGGAAGCUCCUGCUCCUGUAUCGGAAGCUCCAAAGGCGGAAGAGCCGAAACAAGAUGAUAAUAAGCAAAAUGCUGUUGCAGCACCUGCGGAUCCUCAGACUCGAAAAUCUGAUAAGGAAGCCGUUGCUGAAAACGCCAAUACUAAUGUGUCAAAUGAGUCCACUCCGAAAGAAGUGGUCAAGACUGAGGAACAUGAGAACCCGCAGCCUGUAAACGGUGCUGAGAAUGAUGAAAAACCAAAAGAGGGUGGAGAUCAGAAUUCCGAGCAAACAGAGACAAAGAACCCUGAAGGAGAGCCGGGUUCUGAGAAGAAGGAGAUUCCCGCAAAGAAGACGGGGAAGAACGGAGGCAGGGGCCGAGGUAAAGUGGAAACGCAGAACCCAAUGCCGAUGCAAACGCAAAACCGAACGCAGAGGCAAAUGCAGAGGUGA